CAUCUACUUAAUGCUUUAUAUCGUAUUCAAACGACAAUAACUUAAAUAUACGAGGUGAAAUCUUUAAUUACAUCUUUUUGUUUUAUACCACCUCUAGGUAAACAUAAGGUUAUAUUAUUUUAUUGUUAACCGUGUGAAUAAUACAUAUACGACCCCCGCAAUUACCAUCAUGUUAGACAUGUUAGACCUAGAAAUGGAAUAAGCUGUCCGUUUUAAAUGAAUGGGAUAUUAUAUAUAUUAUAAAUAUUCAGGACUUUAAAAUGGAUUACAGUGAAGUAAAUAAGAUAAAUGAUGAUAUGACAGAAACUCUUAUGCCAGCCAUUGGUAUAGUGUCAGUAUACAUGGCAAUCGGACUUAUAGGGAACCCCAUGGUUAUAUAUUACUACGGAUUUAGAGCUAGAUCAACUUCAUCGUUUCACUUUAUUCUUGCGUUAGCAGUUUUCGAUCUAAUCGUAUGUACUGUAUCAAUGCCGUUAGAAAUUGUGGACAUGACCCAUUUCUACAAAUUCGAAAGUGUGGUUGCCUGUAAAAUUCUACGUUUUGUAAACUACUUUGCAACCAUAGGUUCUGGUGGUAUUUUAAUGGCCUUAGCCGUUGACAGGUAUAGAAAAAUAUGCAGACCUCUUCGAAGACAACUCACUUUACAAAUAACCAGACUUAUAAUUGGAUUUGUGUGUUUGUUUUCAUUUUGUAUUUCUUGGCCAAGCCUCGCUUUUUACAAUAUCGUGAAUGUAAACAUUACUAAAGUACCUGGAUUAACCGGAAGUGAUUGCACCAUGAUAAGAGACGAUGAUUACAAACUUUUGAUCACUGUCUACAAUGUGUUUUUGUUUUUAAUAUUUUUGAUAUGUGUUAGUGCUUUGAUUGUACUGUACGCUUUAGUUGGAAAGACAUUAUUUCGAGUGAAAUGUUGCCGUCUAAAGAGAGUCGUACAAAAAAGCGAAAAUACAAGUCGGCGGUACAUUCCGGCAGAAACAGUUGCGAGUGAAAUAGAAAGUUGCAAUGAUAGUUCGAAACGUAAUUCCGUGAGUUAUGGAUUAGAAAUUCAAAUUAAAGACGAGAAUGACGACAAGCCCUUAGCAACAAUAACGGAACUACAAAAUGAUAACAACAACAUGCCAUUAUCCGAUAAUUCUGGUAAUUCUCACAUAGAUAUGUCAGAAGUAACCAGUCAAAACCUACCUCCAAAUUAUUUACCGUACUGCGCAGAAAAAGAUUCAAAGGACUCUGACGACAUCGAUCCGUCUAUUAAUAGACGUUCCACGGAAAUUAUUCUAAAGGAAGGUACAGACGGGAAAACAGUCGCCAAACUUUCAAACGGAAAAUCACACAAAAAACAUAAAGGAAAAGUCAAAUUAACUCCAAAUGUAUCCACGAGCAGUCUUGGAAGUGUAAGGUAUAAUCAUCGAUCGUCAAGAAAAUCAAUUUCAAGAAGACUGCAUACAAGACAAUAUACCAUUAUGAUGAUCGCCAUUACUAUAGCUUUCAUCAUUUCAUUUUUACCAUAUUUGGCUUUGGUCACGUGGCGAACCAUAGCAACUGACUAUGAGGUUGACGUGUUAUCUGAUCCUGAACUUUUAGCGUUUCAAAUUUUUAUCAGGUCGUUUUUGAUAAGCAGUGCUGUAAAUCCAUUAAUUUAUGGAUUUCUUAAUAGUGAAUUUAGACGUUUUAUUUAUCAGCGUGUCUGCUGCUGUUUACACAGCAAAACACCAUCACCUGAAAUCUCAUCAUCGCACUCUAUUUGAAUUUGAUUGCUGAACAUCGUUAAAUAAACGAUGCCGAUUGGUUAGCAUUAAUCAUGUGAUAA